AUGGUUGAAAAUCGCAACUACAGGCCCAGCUAUGCUCACAUCCACAAAUCUGGACAGCAGGGAUGCAAUCGCUGUUGGAUCAUCGCACGAGCCGUGCAAGCCAUUUUUGAGGAGUACAAGCUGCUCGAGUCUGACAAGCAGAUCAGGAGCCUAUCCCUCGAGAGAUUUGGCGACGACAUCGAUGAGAUCUCGUGCGGCUGGAAAAGAGGAAGUUUUCGGGUCCAGAUCUUUGUGGAAGACUCGGCCGCUCUCGCUGGGCACCUUGCAUGGCUACCCGUCAGGCGCAACAUUACGCUGGAACGAGACGCUUGCUUGCAGUUUGCAUCCGACGCUUUGCGGACCUGUGUGCGUGAACAUGGGCGGUGCAAACCAAGCUCGGGGUACAUACCGAAGCGCCUUGUCGACGUGGGCAUCGAGGGGACCGAAACCGUCAAAGUCGUUGACGAAGCUCGCUCUAGUGUUUGCAAAGGGACUCCCUAUGCAGCCUUGAGCUAUUGCUGGGGCCCUCAGUCGGAGACCAAAUGCGCAAUCUUGACCAUGACAGCGCACAACCUGAAGGAGAUGGCUGAGGGGAUUCCCGUUGAUAGAAAGUUGCCCGCGGUGUUCUGGGACGCCAUCAAAACCACUCGAUCUCUUGGGAUCCGAUAUCUAUGGAUUGAUGCACUGUGUAUUGCUCAAGGAGACAAAGAAGAGUGGCAGACCGAGUCUCUGGCAAUGCGACAGAUCUAUGCUGGGGCGUAUCUGGCCAUUUCGGCAGAUGCAGCCUCCACCUGCGACAGGUCGUUCCUCGCUAUGCCCGACAGAUUAUGGAGGCGAGGUAUCGAGAUUGGCUCACAUCGAUUCGGCACCAAGAUCUAUGCGAGAUUGCUCAAUGAUGGGGAUCCCAAUCGGGGCGGACCUAUAACUGGCCCCUCGUCUGAAGAGGAGGAAUACAAGCUGCAUUCUCGAGGCUGGACGUUGCAAGAGCUUCUGCUCAGCCCGAGACUGGUCUACUUCCGACGCGACCAGGUUUAUUUCAGUUGUGCAGAGGGAAAGCUGUCAAGGGAAGACGGCGAGAACCCGGCGUGGGUGGGCCGUCACGUCGGCCUCUCGAGGUUGGACGGGUUGCGCCAGAUGUGGUUGCAAGAAGCAUCACGGCCACAAAACACCUUAGGUUCAUCCUGGGCCGCCUCGAAUGACAUGCUUCUGGCCCUCUGGAAGCAUCUCUUGGUCCAAUACACCACCCGAAAGCUCUCCCAACCAGACGAUAGGCUCCCGGCCAUCUCUGGUCUGGCAUCCCAGCUCAAACAGAAAUUCCACCCGCACUAUGGCUAUUGCGCCGGUCUUUGGAGGGAGGAUUUUGUGAGGGGAUUGUGCUGGAGUCACGACUACGACUAUUACGACGACGAUGACGACACGGUUAGGACGCGGAUUGCGCCCAAGAAUUCUCCUUCCUGGUCGUGGGUGUCCUGUCCUGGUCGGGUGGCGCACUCGUGGGACACGAGAGGUCAACCUCUGGUUGAAUUGAUAUCUCUGAAUCGUCUUACGGAGGGGGACGACCUCAGCCACAACAACGCACCAAUUCACGAGACAAUGCAGGCUCUCCACAUUUCAUCUCAAGACCAGGAAUUUGGUCACACUGGCUGUGUGGAGGCUACGAUAGAAGGCCCAGUGCGCGAGGCUGAGCUUCGAGGCGUGAACGGUUCGAAGCAGUACAUAGAGAGCCUCGACAGCUAUCCCCUCGGGCUCCAGAUGGAUCACUGGGCUGACCCAGGCGGCUGGCUUGGAAGCGCAAGGAAGGAGGCUUGGGGUGUUUGGAAUCGUCACGGUGGUAAGGUCUUCCUCGUCGCCCUGGUUCGAGAUUGGCGAGAGAUCAUGCACCUUGUCUUGGUCAGGUCUGCCACAACGCCCGACAGAUACACAAGAUCUCACCAUGUCUCAUCGCGGACCCUCGUGCAGAGCGCCCUGAACAUAUCGUCAAAGCCUGUGGCCGCACCGCCCACAUUUCUCCUGCCGUUCCGCGCAAAGCUUCACCAGACCAGGACGCGACCGUCCACGACGACGCCGAUAUCCCAAUUCCAGAACACUCAGCCUGAGAUCCCCCCGAGUUAUCUGUCCGUAACAGCCGACCCGACAUCCUCGUCACCUUCCGCCACCGCGACCACCACGUCGGUAUUCGCUGGGCGCGCGACCACACAACCUCUCGACCAGCCCCUCGUCCUCUCGCGGUCCCUGCAAACCCUUCUCCCCAAGCUCCACGUCCAAAAACCGCACUACAUCGUCACGCACAUCCACCGGUUCCCGUACCUCCUCACGGAGGGCGACACGCUCCGCCUGCCGUUCCACAUGAAGGGCGUGUCGCCCGGCGACGUCCUGCGGUUCAACCGCGCCAGCAUCCUCGGGUCGCGGGACUACACGCUCAAAGCCGGGACCGCGGCCACCGAGUCCUACGACAAGCGCCGCACGGGCGAGCCCAACUACCUCGACGAGAGGCUGUUCGAGUGCCGGGUCCGCGUCAUGGGCAUCGAGACCCAGCCCAUGACCCUCAAGGAGAAGAAGAAGCGGCGCAACCGGCACCGCAAGAUCGUGCGCAGUAAGCACAAGUACACGCUGUGUCGGGUCAUGCAGGUCCGCGUCAAGGCUCUGGACGAGUUGAUCCAGGGAGAAAAGGGGAUGGUGCUCCUCGAGGGCCAGGAGAAUGAGAACGGCAACGACAAUGUCCACGCGCAGUAG